AUGAGUCACAUGGCCCUUCGACCGAUGACAGCGAAAACAGGGAAGCGAAUCUCAGCAACCGGGCAGCUGGAGUAUAUGCGCCUCCCAAAAGAUCCAUUCGGUGCCUCCCCAGCAGGUUCUCAACAGCAAAAACGGGAAUUCGGUCUACAGGAUCAGCUUCCUCUUGAAGAAAGCGAGCAGAAGGGACUAGCAGAUAAGCACGUGACGCUCAGUGACACAAUAUCACCCACUAGGGAAGGUGGGCUGGGGGAGCCCCAAGCCUUCUAUAUACGGAAGAAGAGACGGCGCCAGCGGCUGGAUCCAUGUGCCGCUAUUUUAGCUCGACACCUCUACGCCGAAGACUUAACGGGCAUGGUAGUCUUUCCGUCAGAGCCCCAGAGAGUAAUCUCAACCGCCACAGGCGUAAUCCUCUCACCAUGCAAGAGUCUAACGCAGCAGACGCCGAAAGUUGGACCCAAGAGCCUUGCACAAGAUACCACUUAUACCACCUCAACGUACGAGCAGACAGCUGAUAUUGAUUCAGUGGGUGUGCAGUGCAGCCCAUUCGUCAUUCGCACUGAGGGGCUAGUUUUAGAGCUAUCACAGGGGCCCACAGCUGCUCCUUUAAAGCGGCUGAAGCUGCUGGAGGAAACGACGAAAAGGUCUUCACGGGAGAGUCUAAGGGGGCCUUCAAAGCUAACGGACGGAGAAGUGCUGCGUUUCAGAAAGGAAGACACCGGUCCCUUCGAGCAGGCGAAGAAAGAUAAGGAGCAAACGGGCCACCUGUUGAAGUCGGAGGCGAGUGAAGAACGUGUUACAAGAGUGAGGAGCUCCUAA